AUGUCUUCGGUGCCCCGAACUCGCACUGGCUGCCAGGCAUCUGAAAUCGUGGCCAACAUCAAAGGUUCUGGAAUUGGGAAAUGUGAAUACGACUUCUCCAAAAAUCAGCCGUGGUGCAAGACCACGCAUAACCUCAGCUAUGUCGACGAAACUCCUGAGCUUCGAAACAUUUACGACCAUGAUCAAGACCCCGAAGACAACAUAGUCGUCACUCCCCCUGGGUGGCGAGACCACAUCCCCUCGGUUCCCACUGAAGACUUUCCUGUCCGAACUCUGUCGCAAUCCACGGCAAUAAGACCACCUUCAGAGACGCGCCAGAGCCUAGAGCCUACCUCUUCGCUAGCAAGCGACUUUGCGCCGGAAUUUCCUUCCAUCUCAAACGCUCCCAGCUCGUUGUCGCACAUAUACUUGGACACGCCAGUAUGGCCACUAGAAAAGAAGGAAGAGGCUGCCUUGUUACGAUAUUUCGUCGACAACUUAGCUUCCUCGUUCGACCUUUGCGAUCCGGAUCGACAUUUUCAGCUCGUCGUGCCCCAAAGGGCAGCAGUUUGUCCGCCUUUGAUGAACGCCAUAUUGGCCGUAUCAGCGAGACAUUGGAGCAGAGUGGGAGAGUACGACCCCUACGUUGCCGAGCGAUAUCACUCGGAAUGCUUGAAGCAUUUGAUUCCAAUGCUGGAUGAGACGGCGGCUCUAAUGGACGAAAACCUCCUCGCGGCCACGGUGAUACUGCGCUUCUUGGAGGAGAUCGACAUCCCGGUGUCUGGCGCUGAAUCUCAAAGUCACCUUCUAGGGACACAGGUAUUCCUCACAGCACAAGAACGGUCGACUGUAUACGAUGUGCUGCGGUACUGCUUCGGCGAUGAAGAACAAACCACGGCGAACUACAACAGGUUGUUGGAUUAUUGCGACGGGUGGUACAUGUUCAAACCGCCGUCGUUCUCGCCCAUGUUCUACCGGGAGUCCGAUGGCGUGAACAACGUCUUCCCCGAGAUCUGGCUUCUUUGCGACGCUGUGACGACUGGUCUACAGCAUUACCAUCUCGCGAAGAUCCUCCUUACGGCACAUAACCCGAAGGUUCCACGACUUGGUCCAGGACAGAAGCAGGCAUUAACAAAGAUGGAUGAACAAAUCAAGGAAGAUGUCCGGGCGCUGUGCGGCAUGGCCAAUUCAAAUUCGCGCUGUCCGCCAAACUACGUAACCGCGUCUAUGGCCAUCGCGCUUGCUGGAGAGAGGUUCACCGAACCGGCUGAACAGAAAGCGCUCAUGGAAAUACUCCACACGUGUGAGACAAUUCAUGCAUGGCCGACGCGAGUCGCACAGAUACAGCUGAAAGAGGCCUGGGGUUGGCCGACAGAUGGCGAUGACUCGCAUAUAGAUGCGAGCAGGGUCAGCAUUGACGGGUUGGUAAAUGCGCUGUCUUGA